AUGGCCGAUAAACUCCGCACUCUCCAGAAUCUCGAGGCUUUACAAGCUCGCUUCGUCGGUACUGGUCACGCCGACACGACCAAGUACGAGUGGCUGUCCAAUAUCAAGCGCGACAGCUGUGCCUCUUACGUCGGUCAUAACCCGCUCUUGUCGUACAUGGCCGUUGGUAUGGGUGAAUCCAAGGAGAAAGUGCGCAUCAAGAUGAUGGAGAAGAUGGUGAGAGGUGCAGGUAAUCCGCCAGAGGUAUGUCUUGACUAUCCAUGA